AUGACGCCGGUGACAAUGAGGGCCCCGAGCAGCAGGGGCAGCACCACGCUGCCCGCCGUGGCCACGGCCGAGGAGAGAGCCUUCCCUCAGCCCCUUCCCUCAUCCCCUUCCUUCAACCCCUUUGGAGAGAUCCCUCCCACAGCCCCUUCCCUCAGCCCUUUCCAAAGCCCCCUUCCCACAGCCCCUUCCCUCAUCCCCUUCCCCCAGCUCCUUCCCAAAGCCUCCUCUUGCAGCUCUUUCCCUGAGCUAUUCCUGCGCCCCCUUCCUGCAGCCCCAUCCUGCUCCAGGGCUUUGUUCCCCUUGCAACCCUCCAUCCAUCCAUCCAUCCAUCCAUCCAUCCAUCCAUCCAUCCAUCCAUCCAUCCAUCCAUCCAUCCAUCCAUCCCAGGCUCCCCUCCAGCCCUGCAUCCUUUCCCACUUGUGUUUUCCUCCCUGCUUCAUCCAGAGCCUCUCUGGUUUCAGCCCCUGCCUGUCCCCAUUUUUCUGUCCCAGUCUAGUCCAGCUGGAGCUGGGAUUUUCCCUCCUGCUUCCUUUGGAUCCUCUCUGGCUCCAGCCCCUGCCUGUCCCCAUUUUUCUAUCCCAGUCUAGCCCAGCUGGAGUUGGGAUUUUCCCUCCUGCUACCUCCAGAGCCUCUCUGACCCCAGUCCCUGCUUGUUCCCAUUUUCCCCCAGCUGGAGCUGCUCCUGCCGGGGGGGGUGCUGGUGAAAUCACAGCCCCCACGGCAUUUUUUAGGAUCACACAGCUGCUCCUCGGGUGCUGGGCAGGGGGCUGUGGUUAUUCCAGCCUCCGGAAUCGGUGGCGGGAAGAGCAGGGAGGAUUCACCAGCGGCAGGUGCCACCGCCUGUGGAGAGCUGGGAUCUGCCCUCCCCAGCCCCUCCGGGAGUUCUCCCAAGCUCUCGCUGCCUCCUUGGGCAUCCCUCCCGUCCCUCCCGAGCCCCGCCAGAUGGGAUUUGGGCUGGAAGCGCCCUGCUCCGCGGCGGGAUGGAGGCAGGGAUGGGAGCAGCAGGAGGAGGAGGAGGAGGAGGACGCCGCAAGGAUGCCCGAGGACUCUCUCUCCGCGAUGUCCCGCGGUGGAGGAGGUGACAGAGACGGGACAACUCCAUCGGUGGCAGCGGUGCCCCACAGGUGUGUCAUAGGUGCAGUGACCCACAGGUGUGUCACA